GGAAGUCGAAUAUAAAGGGCCAGAGGAAAGCGCGGGUACCAAGACUUUUAAACUUUAGCGAAGGGCGAGCUGAAAAAUGUGAUGCUGAAAGCAAUGCGCGGGAGUCACCGUUUCAGACAGUUACAUUCCAUCAGCAAACUCCAACCAAAGCCAAACCAGUAUCCAUCAAAGAAAGUACUAGCUCAGAAGAAACACAACUUCAACAACUACAACAAACCCCAACCAGUUGCUGACUGCGACAUAAAGCAAUGGAACCUGGCAAUAUCUACCCAUAUGCGCAAUGCCCAGCUGGACUCAGCUCUCCGUGUCUUUAACUCAAUGCCACGUCGAAGUGCUGUUUCUUACAAUGCCAUGAUAUCUGGGUACCUGAUGAAUGAUAAGUUUGAGCUUGCAAGAAACUUGUUUGAUGAAAUGCCUGAAAGAGACUUGGUUUCCUGGAAUGUAAUGAUCAGUGGGUGUGUAAGGAACAAUAACCUUGCUGCUGCGAAGGAGUUGUUUGAACAAAUGCCUGAAAGGGAUGUUGUUUCGUGGAAUGCUAUGCUGUCUGGGUAUGCGCAGAAUGGUUGUGUUGACGAGGCAAGAAAAAUUUUUGAUAGAAUGCCUAAUAAGAAUUCAAUUUCCUGGAACGCUUUGCUUGCAACUUAUGUGCAGAAUGGGAGGAUGGAAGAGGCUUGUAGGCUUUUUGAAUCGAAGGCAGAUUGGGAUUUGGUUUCUUGGAAUUGUUUGAUGGGUGGGUUUGUGAAGACAAAGAGGUUCAUUGAUGCUAGAAGGAUUUUUGAUAGAAUCCCUUUCCGAGAUAAAAUCUCUUGGAAUACUAUUAUUACAGGUUAUGCACAGAAUGGUGAGAUUGAAGAAGCUAGGAGAUUGUUUUAUGAGUCCCCAGUUCGCGAUGUAUUUACGUGGACAGCAAUGGUGUCAGGAUACGUGCAGAAUGGAAUGGUUGACAAGGCAAGGGAAUUUUUUGAAGAAAUGCCAGAAAAGAAUGCUGUUUCAUGGAAUGCAAUGAUUGCAGGGUAUGUGCAAUGUAAGAGAAUGGACAUGGCUAGGAAAUUGUUUGACGAAAUGCCUUGCCAAAAUGUCACUUCUUGGAAUACAAUGAUCACAGGGUAUGCUCAGAGUGGUGAGAUAGCUCAUGCUAGGGAAUUGUUUGAUCGGAUGCCUCGGCGUGAUCCUGUGUCUUGGGCAGCCAUGAUUGCAGGUUAUGCUCAAAGUGGUUAUGAUGAGGAGGCUUUAUGCCUUUUUGUAGAAAUGAAAAGAGAUGGAGAAAGGUUGAAUAGGUCCUCAUUUGCAUGUGCGUUGAGCACAUGUGCCCAUAUUGCUGCUUUAGAAAUGGGGAAGCAGUUGCAUGGGCGGCUGGUUAAGGCAGGAUAUGAAAGUGGGUCAUUUGUGGGAAAUGCACUUCUUUUAAUGUACUGUAAGUGUGGAGGCAUAGACGAAGCUUGCAGUGCAUUUGAAGAAAUAAUGGAGAAGGACGUUGUCUCAUGGAAUACAAUGAUUGCCGGUUACGCAAGACAUGGGUUUGGCAAAGAAGCUCUAAAGGUUUUUGAGUCAAUGAAGGCAGCUUGUGUCAAACCAGAUGAUACCACUAUGGUUGGAGUAUUGUCUGCUUGUAGUCAUGCUGGCUUAGUGGAUAGGGGCGGGGAAUAUUUCCACUGUAUGAACCAGGAUUAUGGCAUAAAAGCAAAUUCGCGACAUUAUACUUGCAUGGUUGAUCUUCUUGGUCGAGCUGGCCGAUUGGAUGAGGCCUUGAAGUUGAUCAGAAACAUGCCUUUCGAACCAGAUGCAGCAACAUGGGGUGCUUUACUUGGUGCGAGCAGAAUUCAUAGCAAUACCAAACUAGCUGAAAUGGCUGCUCAGUUGAUUUUUGAAAUGGAACCUGAAAAUGCAGGAAUGUAUGUUCUUCUCUCAAAUUUAUAUGCAGCUUCAGGUAGAUGGGCCGAUGUUAGUAAGAUGAGAUUGAAAAUGAGGGAUACUGGUGUGAAGAAAGUGCCUGGGUGUAGUUGGCUUGAGGUACAGAACAAGAUCCAUACGUUUUCAGUUGGAGACUCAUGCCACGCAGAUAGGGAUAAAAUCUAUGCCUACUUGGAAGAAUUGGAUUUAAAAAUGAAGCAGGAGGGCUAUGUUUCCUCAACAAAUUUGAUUUUACAUGAUGUAGAUGACGAAGAGAAGGUGCACAUGCUCAAGUAUCACAGUGAAAAAUUAGCUGUGGCAUAUGGUAUUCUCUCUAUUCCUGCUGGAAGACCAAUACGUGUGAUUAAAAACUUACGUGUUUGUGAAGACUGCCACAAUGCCAUCAAAUACAUAUCAAAGAUUGUCGGCCGAUUGAUUAUCUUAAGGGAUUCUAACCGCUUUCACCAUUUUAGGGAGGGUUCAUGUUCUUGUGGGGAUUACUGGUGACUGGUGAGAGUUAAGAGACUGUUCUAAGCGGAAAAGCUAAGGAUUGAUACAGCUAAUUUACAUGUCUUUAAUCAACAAAUUUUUUCAUAUAUACAUAUUUUUUGGAUUCUUGUCAGAUGCUUCCAAGUUCAGAAAGUUUGAGGUGGACAGUCCUGCUGCAUCUGGAAGGAGUCUAGUUCCUUGAAGGCUUCAUCAACGUAUAGAAGUUCUGUAACUUUAAGAUUAUCAUGAUUUUUUUGAUGGAUUAUGGUUGAUUAUUUGGAGCUAAUGCUGGCCCAUGAUCAAUAAUGGGAAAUUGAAGACACUAGUAAGAAGUUCAUUUAUUUGUGCAUCCAUCGCGGAAAUGCCUGUUUUGUGUACUUGGCAUGUGAGACAAGUUUGUGCCAUGUUCUAGCUUGCUUUGAGUCUGAAUAAGCUUGUUGAUCAAUUCAUGAUAGAAUGAGGGAAAAGUGUUGGUCGAUUUUUUAGUUGAACAUUUGAAUGGUUAUCGUUUACAAAGCCUUUUGCAUAAUGCUGCACAAAGAAAACUUUUCGCAGGCCUUGGCCAUGCAGGUUAAUGUGGGAUAUAUGACUUCAUAUUAAGAACAGGCUUUCAGUUUUCACAUCCUUCAUGUAUAAACUGUCCGUUUGCUUUUCUCAAGCUUAUGUUUUGGAGUCAUGGCCAGAAGCAAGAGCAAGUUCAGGAAAAUUCUGUGCAGAUCUUAGAAGGGAGUUUGAGCUGCCACAUGAUUAUGGGACAGAAAAGAUAAAAACAAUGCAAAUUGAUCAAAUUGGUUGACAAGCACGGUUAGAGGAACUGAAGGUACUAAUGAUAGAUCAAAUUGUUUCCAUGGUAAAUGCUUGUGUAUAAAGGAAUUCUUGGUGCCAUUGGUAGCUUAUUGUAUCUCAUCCAUAUUAUAUUUUGCCUACUAUUUUUCACAUUUUUAUCUUAAUGCUUAAUUAUGUUUAGCAAUCUAGUCAGCAAUCAACUAUGCAGCUGUUGCUUAUUUGCAUGACGAAUACUAGAAAUUAUAGUUCAAUGUCCAGGGAAAGGACUUUCCUGUUAUGAGGAAAAGAAAAGACCUCUUAACUACCUCUAUAUCUAAGUCAUCAAGUCGAACUCUUC